CCCGCAACAUUAUUUAGCUCAUAGGCUAAAUGUAUACCGUCGCUCUCGAGUCCGAGAGCCCCGCAAAGACGUAGUGAGCAUCUGAGAGCACGAUAGGGCGCGGUCCGUAUUCGUGGAUCUACAAUCUGACUGAUCUCCCCGAUAGAGACAGAAGAUGGUGUGAGGCUACUGUGGUACCAUCCUUACAGCAGCCAAGGCUCUGAGCAAGGGACAGCUGCAGGACCCCAGACAAAGCGGUGUCUCCGACAGUAUAUAUAUGCCAACGUGAUCUACCACGAGGAGUGCCAAUCUAAGUAUUCUCCCAGUGAACGAAAUCCGUAACAUGCGUGGUAUCGCUUUUCUUCUUCCCUUCCUCUCGUGGGCAGCAGCUCUAGCUGUUAAUCGCACGUCGCUGCCCCUUGAGCAAUGUCCGGGGUACAAGGCAUCUAAUGUGAAAGAUUCGGGAAAUACGCUGACCGUAGAUUUGAAACUUGCGGGGAAACCAUGUAACACUUACGGCAUAGAUAUCAAGGAUCUCAAACUUAAGGUGGAGUAUCAGACGGAUACCCGUCUCCAUGUGUUAAUAUAUGACGCGAAUGAGGAGGUAUAUCAAGUUCCUCCGUCCGUGCUUCCUCGCCCUGAGUUCACAAGUGGACCUGCGUCGAAAACGUCUACGCUGAAAUUCAACUUUAAGGAAAGCCCAUUUUCGUUCUCAAUUGAGAGAAAAGAUACCAAGGAGGUUUUAUUCGAUACAUCUGGAUCGAACUUGGUUUUUCAGUCGCAGUACCUAAAUCUUCGAACGUCGCUUCCUGAAGAUCCAAACUUAUAUGGACUCGGUGAACAUAGCGACUCUCUGCAUCUGGAGACAACAAAUUAUACGCGCACUCUCUGGAGCCAUGAUGCGUAUGGAAUCCCAGCACAUACCAACCUCUACGGAAACCAUCCAAUUUAUAUUGAUCAUCGUGGCAAAGCUGGUACUCAUGGGGUCUUCUUCUUGAACUCAAAUGGCAUGGAUAUCAAGAUUAACAAGACGAACGACGGCGAGCAGUAUCUAGAAUAUAACACCCUUGGUGGUAUCUUCGACUUCUACUUUCUAGCGGGCCCCACUCCAAAGGAGGUCAGCACGCAAUACGCUGGAGUCGUUGGCGUUCCAGCCAUGCAGAGUUAUUGGACGUUCGGGUUCCACCAAUGUCGAUACGGAUAUCGAGAUGUGUUUGAGGUAGCAGAAGUCGUCUAUAACUACAGCAAAGCUAGUAUACCUCUUGAGACGAUGUGGACCGACAUCGACUACAUGGAUGGACGAGCCGUAUUCACCCUCGAUCCUCAACGGUUUCCCAUCGAGAAGAUGCGAGAGCUCGUGGAUUAUCUUCACCAGCACCAACAACACUAUAUCGUCAUGGUCGAUCCUGCCGUGAAGUACGGAGGCAAUGACGCCUUCGACCGCGGACAGCAGCAAGGGGCCUUUUUGAAAUACGCCGACGGGUCUCUUUACCAAGGCGUCGUAUGGCCCGGUGCGACUGUAUUUCCAGACUGGUUCCAUGAGAACACACCUUCUUGGUGGAAUGGGGAAUUCAAUACUUUCUUCGACCCAGAGACAGGAGUUGAUAUCGACGGCCUUUGGAUAGAUAUGAAUGAGGCCUCCAAUUUCUGCCCAUGGCCAUGCUCAGAUCCUCAAGCUUAUGCUGAAGAGAACGACUAUCCACCGGCGCCGCCACCAGUCAGGGCUUCCAAUCCACGCCCCUUACCAGGAUUCCCCUCUGAUUUCCAGCCAUCUGCUUCUGAGAAAUCCAAGAAGAGGGCCCUCAGUGGAGCAGGUCAGAAACUUGGCCUUUCAGGACGUAAUCUUAUCAGUCCCCCAUAUACAAUACACAAUGCUGCAGGAUCUAUCAGCAACUUAACAAUUCGGACGGAUCUGAUUCAUGCGGGAGGUUACGCUGAUUAUGACACGCACAACCUCUAUGGAACGAUGAUGAGCUCUGCUUCUCGUAACGCCAUGCAGCAACGUCGUCCGACCGUAAGACCGCUGAUCAUCACCCGUAGCACCUUUGCGGGUGCUGGUGCUCAUGUUGGCCACUGGUUAGGAGAUAACGUGAGCAAUUGGGAUAAAUAUCGCAUAUCAAUUGCCGAGCAGCUAUCCUUCUCAGCUAUCUUCCAGAUCCCUAUGGUCGGAUCUGAUGUAUGUGGGUACGCCGGUGCCACGAACGAGGAGCUCUGCGCGAGAUGGGCUACCCUUGGUGCAUUCUCACCAUUCUAUCGUAAUCAUAAUGAACUCGGAAACCCACCACAGGAAUUUUAUCAAUGGCCAAGUGUUGCAGAGGCAGCGAGAAAGGUCAUCGAUAUUCGUUACAGACUUCUUGACUAUCUUUAUACUGCAUUUCACCGACAAGCGACAACAGGAGAGCCCUUCCUUCAACCUAUGUUCUAUCUAUACCCGGAAGACCCCAACACUUUUGCCAUUGACCUGCAAUUCUUUUACGGUGAUGCCAUCCUCGUGAGUCCAGUGACAGAGGAAGGUUCUACUUCUGUCGAAGCCUACUUCCCCGACGAUAUCUUCUACGACUGGUAUACGGGUGCUCCUUUCCGUGGGCACGGUACGAACGUCACAGUGACCGAUAUCGACAUCACGACAAUCCCAUUGCACAUUCGGGGUGGCACUAUCAUCCCCGUGCGGUCUUCAGGAGCCAACACAACAACCGAACUGAGAACGAAAUGUUUCAAUCUUAUAAUUGCGCCUGGUCUCGACGGUACCGCUACUGGAAGCCUCUAUAUGGACGACGGAGACUCACUGCACCAGCCUGCCACUCUCGAGGUCGUAUUCGAGUAUAGUCAUGGUAUAUUCCAGAUGGAUGGCAUCUUUUCGUAUGUUCCUGGUGUCCAAAUCGAGUCUGUCACGCUUCUUGGACAGGAAAGCGAACCUCAAGCUUCGAGAAGUGGACAGGCUCAUGGCAUCGAAUAUCACUAUGACGCCGAGGCUAAAAGUGUGACGGUGAAGACAAAGAUGGACCUCACCAAACCGGGUAGAAUCAGCUUCGUCUGAGUAUAUAUGCCAAUAAUGUCGACAGUCACAGAAUCC